CGAUGGCAGGCGACCCGCCGGCGAUGAAGCGCCCCAAGCUGGAGAAGGACGACUCAUCCCACUCGCACCGCCCCUCCUCCGCCAACGGCUCCGGCCACAGACCCCCCUCCUCCGCCUCCACCUCCUCCGCCAGCGAUGCGGCGCCGCCGGAGGAGGACAUGGCGGAGGAGGCCGUGCUCGCGCUCAUCGCCCACCGCGAGCGCGUGGUGGAGCAGUACAAGCUCAAGCUCGCCCAGUACCAGUCCCUGCUGGACAACGCGGAGAGCGAGCUCGCCGUGGCGCGCGCCCGGUACCGAGAUCGCGCCCCUCCCAGCCGGAACCCGCCGGCGCCGCCCCCCGAUCGCAGGACGCCGCCGCCGGUCCAGAGGGACCCCAAGCCGUCGCAGCCCGCCCAGAAGGCCCCCGCGCCGCAGACGAGGCCGCAGCUCGUCAUCCCGGGGACCAACAGCCGGCCGGCUCCGCGUGCGCCUGCCCCGCGCACGGAACCAGCGCCCAGGCCGAAGAAGGCCGCCGCCGCUGAUGCCCCGUCGUCUUCGUCGAUGGCGCCGCAGGAUCGGCAGAAGAAAGCGGAUAAGAAACCCAAGCGAGAGAUCGUACAGAGAGAGCCCCAGAACUUGAUCCAGAGCGUGAGGAAGUCGUCCCCAACCUUACUCAAGUUCUACGGCAGCCACCUGGUCCCGAGCCAGCACAAGAGGAAGCUUAGGUGCCUCGAGCUGUGCCCUGCGAAUGACCAGCUUGUCGUUACCAGCGCGUUGGAUGGAAUGGUUACUCUGUGGCAAGUACAGUCAAGUGGACCUACUAUCUCCUCGCUUAGCACUACAAAUUGCUUUUCUCCAAAGCAAAGGUGGCCUGAAGAUGUAGCUUGGCAUCCAGAUGGUGACACAAUUUUUGCUGUAUAUAGUGCUGAUGGUGGUGACUCCCAGGUUUCAAUGACGAAUCUUAACGCAUCAGGACAAAAGAAAGUUACUUUCCUACCAGCGAAGCCUCAUACUAAAGGAAUCAUAAAUAACAUUAAUUUCAUGCCCUGGUCGGAUACCUGCUUUUUGACUGGUGGAAGCGACCAUGCUGUCAUACUCUGGCAAGAGAAAGAUGAUUCAUGGAACCACAAGAGAGUGCACAAGGAUUUGCAUUCUUCUGCUGUCUAUGGUGUUGCUGGAUUGCAACAGAGAAAAACAAUAGUGUCAGUCGGCUCGGAUAAGAGGAUAAUAUCAUAUGAUCUCUCAGCUGAAAGGACAGAGUACAAGAACCUAAUUGAUAGCAAAUGCAUGAGUGUAUUGCUAAAUCCAUGUGAUUUCAACUUAUACAUGGUGCAAACGGCGUCGCCAGGCAGGCAGCUUCGCUUGUUCGACAUCAGGCUUAGACAGACUGAGGUCCAUGCGAUUGGUUGGAAGCAGUCGAACAGCGAGUCCCAGUCCGCCCUGAUAAACCAGUCAUGGUCUCCUGAUGGCUGGUACCUUUCCUCUGGGUCGGCAGACCCUGUGAUCCAUAUUUUCGACAUAAGGUAUCAUGGCCAGACCCCCUGCCAGUCUGUGCAAGCGCAUCACAAGCGGGUCUUCAAGGCAGUUUGGCACCAGACGUUCCCAGUUUUGACCUCGAUCUCGUCGGACCUCAACGUCGCGAUCCACAAAUAUUGAUGAAACUACCACGUGUGGAUUCUCAGUGUGGUGGUUCACUGCCGUUUUUGUAGCGAACUCGCAGAAUUCUGUGCGUCAAGUCAUGGGAAAUCUAUCUGUUCACACGCGCGGUACGCAUCACUGGAGUUCCAAAGAGGCCUCGGUAACAUCUGCGCUCUUUGGAGCUACUAGCAGAGUGAUGUAUCUGCAGCCCCCCCAGGUUGAAUGUUUUGCCCUUCCUACUUGUAGGGAACUACAUGCGGAAUUUCACGAAUGUCGAAUACUGUUCUAAAGUUUUGUCCUUUACCUGUCCUUAGCCCUUGUAGCAAUGUAAUUCCUGGCUCAGUUAUUAUAUUGCAUUUUACAAGGCAUUUGGAGAUCUAAUGCCAAAGUGAUGAUCUCAGUUGAAAGGAGCCUCCAAGAACUUGUGUGGACUGGAACUUGCACUCACUAUCUGCCGAAUCGUCCAAUGUGGAACCUGACAUGGUGUUUGGUUUGAUGUGGCAUGUUGCCCGUCGGUUCUGUCAUGCAUUUGUUUGAGCAAGUUAAUACAAUCACGGUAUCAGGAAAUCGCAAAAUGUAAUCCUCACCUUUCAAUUUGAAUGUUGAUCUGGAAUAAUCUGUACCAUUAUUUGAUUGAAAAUUUUCUUGGUAUAUCCAA